AUGGCCUUCGGCAAGAAGAAACGCCUGACUCCGCAGGAGCUUGCCCGGCUCUGCAGCUUCGCCCACCCCAUGGGCCUCCGCUGCCCGUAUGCCAGAGUCACCUUGACCAGGGACGGCGCGCGCUUUUCCUCGCCCUUUUGCAAGAUCCACUGCUGCAAGAAGAUUGAUAACGGCGCUGCUUGCACGAAUGUGAAGACCAAUAGCCGUGGAUACUGCACCCAGCACCUCCUCUGCACCGGCAUAAUGAACGGCCAACGCUGCACCAACUACGUCAAAUCCUACGAUCCAAAGGAAUACCAAUUCUGCGCCCAAUUCCACAACUGCCUCCAACAAGGUUGCAAGAACGAGCGCAUCCACCAAGGCGACGUCGACCUCCGCUACUGCCAAGACCACCGCUGCGUCCGGCCGGAUUGCACAUCCCCCCGCGCCCCCGGCGGCAGCACCCACUGCGCCUCGCACACCUGCGCCGCACCGGCUUGCUUCGCCGCCUGCCCGGGCGCCUCCGGCGACCCGCACGACCCCUCGCGCUUCUGCGACCGCCACCGCAUGUGCCACACCGCCGGCUGCCGGCAGUUCGCCCACGUCCGCGCCGACGGGGUGCCCUCCAAGCACUGCGGCGCGCACUACUGCCGCUGGGAGGCCGAGGGCGGCUGCGACGGCGCCCGGGACCCGAUGAGUGCGGACGGGGUGUGCGGCGCGCAUACGUGUGUCGAGGCGGGCUGUCUGCGGGCCAGGGACCACCGGGAGGAGGGCGCGCAGUGGUGUAAAGAUCAUACGUAUUCCAUCACCCGCUGCAGGAGGGAAGGCUGCGACGUCCGCGUUGUCGACAACACUGAGCUCUGCGCCAGCCACCUCUGCAGCUGGCGGCCCUGCCGCAACGAGCGCGCGCUCUUCGGCUCCGCGCUCUGCGCGCAGCACAAGUGCGCCGUACCGACGUGCCCGCACCGCCGCACGCACAUGAACUACGACCCAAUGUACGCCGUGCUCGGCGGAGACCGCGCCGCGGAGCUGCUCAUGUCGGCGUUCUGCAAUGGCCACGCGUGCCGGCACGAGCAGUGCCCGCUCAGGGCCGAGGGCGAUACGCACUUUUGCCGGACUCACGCGCAGUGCCGACGGCCUGGGUGCACGAGGGUCGUGGAACUCGAGGGGGAGGAUCCGACGAUUUGUUUGGAGCAUAACCGCAUGGGGCCGCGGGGGGUGGGCAGGAGAGGCGCACUGGGCGGUGAUCCGUAUGGGAACGGGUAUGGGAACGGAUAUGGAAAUGGGGAUUAUGGAUAUGGAUGGCCUGGUGGCGGCGUUUGGGGUGUGAACGCUGCCAUUUGA